AAAUCACGCGGGGAUGGAGAAGGGCCCGUGCUUGUUGUUGUUGUUGUCGGCAAAAUGGCGUCUGGCAGUGAGGCCCCGGAAUCUUGGUACCUCGCCUUGCUUGGAUUCGCAGAGCAUUUCCGUACUUCAAGUCCCCCUAAGAUUCGCCUUUGCGUCCAUUGUUUGCAGGCUGUUUUUCAGUUCAAGCCCCCGCAACGGGUUGAAGCUCGAACUCACCUUCAGCUCGGCUCAGUGCUUUAUCAUCACACCAAGAACAGCGAACUCGCCAGGAACCACCUGGAGAAAGCGUGGUUAAUUUCGCAACAAGUCCCUCAGUUUGAAGAUGUUAAAUUCGAGGCUGCAAGUCUUCUCUCCGAGCUAUAUUGCCAGCAGAAUUUGGUGGAUUCUGCGAAGCCCUUACUGCGCAAGGCCAUCCAGAUCUCACAGCAAACUCCCUACUGGCACUGCAGGCUGCUCUUUCAGCUGGCGCAACUGCACACCUUGGAGAAGGACCUGGUGUCUGCUUGUGACCUGCUGGGAGUGGGUGCUGAGUAUGCCAGAGUGGUGGGCUCUGAGUACACCAGGUACUGCCAAGCACUGUUUCUGCUGAGUAAAGGAAUGCUGCUGCUGAUGGAACGUAAGCUGCAGGAGGUCCACCCUCUGCUCACCCUCUGCGGCCAGAUCGUGGAGAACUGGCAGGGAAACCCCAUCCAGAAGGAGUCUCUGAGGGUCUUCUUCCUGGUGCUGCAGGUCACACACUACCUGGAUGCUGGGCAGGUGAAGAGUGUGAAGCCCUGCCUAAAGCAGCUGCAGCAGUGCAUCCAGACCAUCUCCACGCUCCACGACGAUGAGAUCCUGCCCAGCAACCCCGCCGACCUGUUCCACUGGCUGCCCAAGGAGCACAUGUGUGUGCUGGUGUACCUGGUGACCGUAAUGCACUCCAUGCAGGCAGGGUAUUUGGAGAAGGCGCAGAAGUACACAGACAAAGCACUCAUGCAGUUGGAGAAACUCAAAAUGCUGGACUGUAGUCCCAUCCUCUCCUCCUUCCAAGUCAUACUACUGGAGCACAUCAUCAUGUGUCGGCUUGUCACCGGGCACAAGGCAACUGCGUUACAAGAGAUCUCCCAGGUGUGUCAGCUGUGCCAGCAGUCCCCCAGGCUGUUCUCCAACCACGCCGCCCAGCUUCACACUUUACUAGGUCUGUACUGCAUCUCGGUGAACUGCAUGGACAACGCCGAGGCACAGUUCACCACAGCACUGAGGCUGACCACACACCAGGAGCUCUGGACCUUCAUCGUGACGAACCUGGCCAGCGUUUACAUCAGGGAGGGGACCAGACAGCAGGAGCUGUACAGUCUAUUGGAGAGGAUAAACCCAGAUCAUAACUUCCCUGUAAGCUCACACUGUCUCCGAGCGGCAGCCUUCUACAUCCGAGGACUGCUCUCUUUCUUCCAGGGGCGUUACAACGAGGCCAAGCGGUUCCUGCGCGAGACUCUGAAGAUGUCCAACGCGGAGGAUCUGAACCGACUGACUGCCUGUUCCCUGGUCUUGCUUGGCCAUAUCUUCUACGUGCUGGGAAACCAUCGGGAGAGCAACAACAUGGUGGUCCCAGCCAUGCAGCUGGCCAGCAAGAUCCCUGACAUGUCUGUCCAGUUGUGGUCGUCUGCUCUGCUGAAGGAUCUGAACAAGGCCUGUGGGAACACCAUCGAUGCGCACGAGGCGGCACAGAUGCACCAGAACUUCUCCCAGCAGCUCCUGCAGGACCACAUCGCUGCCUGCAGCCUCCCAGAACACAACCUCAUCAGCUGGAUUGACGGGCCUCCCCCAGUGCAGUUCCAGGCCCAGAACGGCCCCACCACCAGCCUGGCCAGCCUGCUAUGAGUCCAGCAGACCCCACCCGCCCAGCGGAGAGGAGCCCCUCUGCCUGGGACACACACACAAGGGCUCUAUACCACCUCUGGCCUCAGUUUUAUACACAAUACUUUCAACAUUAACUUAUGGUUCCUCUUAUGGUGUGAAAAUAAUGUGGUGGGGUUUAGGGCAUUUCUAGUGACAAAUUUUUACCUGGUAUUCAGAGCAUCUUUUUAGCUGGGAAACGGUCCUGAAGGACUAGGCCGGAGGUGUGGUGUGACCGGCAGACGGAUAGUGUCAGAGACGGAAAGUCUCUACCCCCAGGCUAUGUAUAGACCCCCAGCCCCAAGACAGACUACAAGACAGGACAGACAAGGACCAGACGUCACCAUGCGGAGGUAGCAGUGCAACUUCCAAGCGUUUCAGGACAAAAGCACGAGUGCAUCCCGCGAAGGAGCAGCAGAGCCUGGCCGCUGAGGCGGUGUCCACGGCCUCCUCGGGUUCCUGACGACAGUUUGGACGUUUCUAGCAAACGGACAGCCGCAAAAACAAAAAAGGAAAAUGGCAUCCGCUCCCGUGCGCCGAUCUCCCUGGAUUCCUGGGACCGGAGGAGGGGAGCGCAGAAAGACGCCGUUUUCAUAUCUCUGAAGCCCGGUUGAGUUUCACUCUGUAAUAAACCGAUUUUUACGUAAUUUUUGUAUGCAGCCACAGCGAGGGUGCAUAUUUCAACCUUGACCGUGCUAAUGUAGGGGCUGGUGUUACAAAUCGUAGUGUGUGAGGGGGGGGAAUUAUUAGAAACAUACCUGUUAUAUAAUUAAUUUAUUUACUUCUUUUUGAACUGUGGAAAACGAUUUUAUAGCGUGUUAUACCUUGUGUGACUGCAAAUAUUUGCAGAUGCAUGGAACAAUUUUACAUUUCUUAAACGUUAUUGCUUCUUUAUUUUCACGGCAUUGUGAAUAACUACUAGUUGAUUUCGGAAGGUUUCAUCCCAACUUGUUCACGGUUGAGAAACAGUUGACUUGGCUGUCACUACCUUGAGUGUAUUAUAUGUGACAUUAGGAAUUACACUUAUCUAUCUGAGGGAUUGUAAAACAUUAAGUUUGGAAAAAAUUAAUAUGGAAAUAAUCAUAUACAAGCCCUGAAAUGUAAGGUUUUUAUUAAUGGGGUGCAACAAGACGAAGCGAACUUCAUUAAACAUAAGUGCAGUCCCUUAAUCCACCAACAGAUGUCCCUGUUGAACAGGAUUGGAAGAAAUUGUUUGAUAGCUUUUUUGUUUUUUAUUUAAUGCUCAGCAACAUUUUUUAAAUAUUGGUAGGAUCUUUUUUUCCUGUCAUAUAGGUAAUAAGCUUUUCGAGAAUAUAAACAUCUCCCUUUUGCUCCUAUUUUUCUCUGAAAGAGUAUUUUUUGGUAAUGUGUGUAACUUAAUGCAGGCUUAUAAUAGCUGUACAGAUCUUGGCGGUUUAAACCGCUCCAUCUCUGGCCAUUUGCGCAUUUUGCCCCCUUCAUCCUAAAGAAAAGUCAUUUAUUAGAUUUUGUAAAAUUUUAACAAUUGUAUACCACAUUUAAUAUUAUAUUAAUCAUUUUGUUUCCAUACUUAAUGUUUAGUUUAUAUACAUUUUUGCAAAGUAUGACAUUGUACAAACUUAGUUUUUUUUUCACCAUUGUAUCACUUUUGCCAGCCUUUGUUGGACUAACAUUUAUUGUGAUGAACAAAAGCAUCUUUAAAUGUUGUCCAUUGUACAGUGUAUUUUUAAUUAUCCCAUUGUAAACAGAAAAUAUUGCAAUGGCUGCAAUCGAUUAAAUUUCUUUGUUUGCAUUCUUAUACAGGCAUACCAAACCUGGUUUACCCACAUUCAAAUGUCUGUGUUUUUGAAUGCUGGUAUUUUUCCCAAAAUAUUGGAAUUUUCAAAUAAACUCUAAAAACUG